AUGGCAUCAGCAGAUUAUCUAUGGACCAACGACGAAUUACAACCACAUGAGAUUCAGUCAAUAUUCCAAGACACUACAAUAUCGUUUGUGAUCAUCUCCAAACAUAUAGAUCAAACCUUAUCCAAUUAUGUCAAGUAUAUGGAGCCAUGGUUGCAAUAUCCUUGGAACUUUAGACAGCCACAAUUUCAAGCAAUGACUUUAAAUGUCGUCGAAUACAUUUACGGGGAACUCAAUUAUCAUGAACAUGUUUUGGACAUGGAGUUGCUUAUCGCAAUUCUACUUGAUUUCACAAAGUACGAAGAUUGCUAUAUUCAUGUGUUUGACUCCGUGACAAUUGAGCCUGUGCUAGCUACUUGCCAUGCUGAACUCCAUGAUGAUUUGCAGGACGUAACAACUUCAAGAAAUAGAGUUUGGUUACAUAAUGGAGGGUGUAUCGUACUAAAUAGACUCAUUGACCAAGGUGGAUAUUUGCCCUUGCUAGACGCUAUCAAGCAAAUAUUUGUGGGUGAUUACAAGCUGGACGAGAAAUUGACUAUAGCAUUGAAGGAGAAAUGUAACCUUAUCACUGGAUUGAGUCACGUUCAUGACGUCAACUUAACUUUACCUGUCCCUGUUGCGAAACUUGUCGCUAUGGACCCAAUGAUGGUGGCCAAAAGCUUGGAGGCAUUGGAAGAUGAAGAGGAAGUUAAACCACUUGUUUUCAACGAAGGAGUGGAAGUUACUGCUCCCGUCAACAGUGUGCAUCUUGGUGUGUUGUUAGGUAUUGCUUCAGCGUUGGGGAAGCCAAAGGAGUUGAGUGGGAUUGUGCUAUCAGGGUUGCAACAAUAUUACCAAGGUAAAGAAGAACCAAAAGUUCCCGGUACGAUCAAACCAUCGUCACGAUUGGUGCUACAAGAAGAACUACUUAAAAGAGGGAUAAUAUCGGAAAAAGUCCCCGAAGAUACUGAAUUGGUUGAAAUGAUUGCAGAUAUAAAUGGACCUCAAAUGGAGGAUGAAGAACAAUAUGCUAAAAAUCUACAACAAGUUUUUGAAGAGGGUCUCGACGACAUUGAAGACUUGAUUGAUGAAGAUGAAGAAGAAGAUGAUGACGACGAAAGCGAUUUAACUGAUGACGAGUUGAACGAAUUUCGAUGGAAAUAUUACGAUAUUGCAUCAGAAUGGAUACCUCGCGACCAAGUUGCUCAGAAAUAUCAAGAGUUCAAGUCAUCAAUUUUGGCAAUGACAACCCAAUUCAAAGACGAAUUUAAAAACACCGAGUUUGAAGAUUUUCCUGAAUUUAUGGAACUGGAGAUCAUAUUGGAAAUGAGUGGUGGUGGCAACAAGACGUACAAUGAUGACUCGGAUUACCAAAGUGAUGUUGAGGAUGAAUACCAGGGUGACAUGGCAUACGAAGAGUACAUGGAGUUCAAAAAUAAGCUAAGACAAGAAGGUGCAAAUUUCAGUGAAGAGGAGCUCGACUAUGAUGAUAACGACGGUGAUUGGGAGAGUGUUGAAGAAGAAGAUGAAGAAGAACACGUGUUCAGUGAUGAUAGUGAUGAUAUUGCCAAUAAAUAUGUGCAGAGACCCGUGCUUGAAACGUUGGAUGAAGAACCGCCACUUGGGUAUGAAGGAUUGGAUCCUAAAUUGUCCAAAAGGGAAAUUGAACGACUUACUACAACAAUGAAGACACUCAAGACUAGCGAUGAUGCCAAUCUUGAGCUGAAAAUGAAGAAAAGAAACUGA